GUUCGCCCUCCCCGACAAUGCCGACGUGGACGCCGUCUCCGCCGUCUGCCUGGACGGCGUGCUCACCGUCACUGUCAAGAAGGUGCCCCCGCGGGAGCCCAAGACCGUGGACAUCAAGGUCGCCUGAGCCGUCCGUGAUCAGGGUUUCGUCGUCGUGCGAGAUGAAGGACGGGAAGCCGAGGAAGGAGAGGAGAUCCGGUUCCGGCGGAGCAAGGAGGAGAGGAGCGGAGACCGGCGCCUCGAAAGGGAAAGUUUCCUUCUUUUUUUAAUUGCACAUAUUCUUAUUGAUAAAGUAAAUUGAAACAGUUGAGCGCAAAAAAGAAGAAUAUAUACCAAAAUAAUUCGAUAGGCGGUCAAAUCGACUGCGAGCUCAUAAAGUCGCCAAGGGAAUCGAUCCGCCCACUUCGUUCUCCGGAAUCGCCGCCAUGGCCACUGCUCGCAACGCCUCCCACGGCUCCACUACUGCCCUCCUCAACUUCGUCGCCCUCCUCUGCUCCAUCCCCGUGAUCGGCGCCGGCAUAUGGCUGUCCUCGAAGCAGGACAACGAGUGCGUCCACCUCGCCCGGUGGCCCGUCGUCAUCCUCGGCGUCCUCCUCCUCCUCGCCUCUCUCGCCGGCUUCGUCGGCGCCUACUGGAACCGGCCCGCGCUCCUCGCCGCUUACUUCUCCUGCAUGGCCGCGCUCAUCGUCAUCCUCUUCUCCCUCGUCGCCUUCGCCUACGCCGUCACCGCCCCCGACGGGUCCUACGCCGUCCCCGGCCGCGCCUACCGCGAGUACCGCCUCGCCGGCUACUCUGACUGGCUCCGCCACUACGCCCUCUCCCGGUGGCCGGAGAUCCGUCUCUGUUUAAGAGCGUCCGAGCUCUGCCGGGAGAUCGGCCGGGACCGGCCGUACCUCACCGCCUAUCAAUUCUUCCACACCGAACUCUCCCCUCUCCAGUCCGGUUGCUGCAAGCCGCCGGCAGUGUGCGGAUACGAGUACGUGAACCCGACGCUGUGGGUGAACCCGAGCGAGCCGGUGGCGAGCUCGGAUUGCCUGAUGUGGAGCAGCGAGGACGGCCGCCUCUGCUACGACUGCGCCUCCUGCAAGGGCGCGUUGCUGGGGAGCCUCCGAUCCGAGUGGCGCAGGGCCGCAGUCGUCCUCGUCAUCGCCGCCGUCCUCUUCGUCUGGGUCUACGCCUUCGCCUGCUGCGCCUUCAACACCACCCGUAAGUAGUAGCAGCGUUCUUUCAGCUGGUUUUUCAUUGCCUCAAUAAAUAAAAUCCACACCCACUCGAACGGUGCAGUAGUAUUUAUUUACUUAUUUUGAGUUGAACCUAACAAAUAUAUAAAAAUUAAAAGACCCUUCUAAAUAA